CUUGCCAGCACUAAUACCAAUUGCAUCCCUCAAAAAAAUACUGCGUGUGAAAAAGACCCGAACUUUUCGCAUACCUUUCGGUUGCCUACUUAUCGAGUGGAAAAGCGCGCGUUACUGAUCAGAUCGAUUCGAUCGCAAGACGGCUGUUCAAAAUGUUAUAAAACACCGCGCCGCGUCCGUAGACAGUCGCUGUUCUACUUUAAAACACACACCCACACACGCGCGCGCCGCCGAGUGUCAACAGCUGCCCUGGCGAAAAAAUGUCGGACAUUAACGAUGACCUGCUCAACUACGAGCUGGGCGAUGACAUCGAUGACCAGGCUCUUCUCGGCGCCGACGAGGAUGAGUUGCUACUCUCGGACGAAGAGCUCGAAAAGGAUGUCACCAGCGAGGUGAAGUUGCAGAUGCGCGCCGAGGCCGAGGAGUGGGCCCAGGAGCAGAUCAGACAGCACGAGCGCAAGCACAAGGAGCAAUUGCAGGCGGAUGCGACUGCAGCGACUGAAGCGACUGUUGCAGCCACGGCCACGGCAGAGGUGGCGCAACCAGAGCUCGCUUCAACUCCUGCUCCGGCUCCAGUUCCUGCUAAACCUCUAGUCGCUCAGGUGGAGAAACAAAUUGACGCAGCCCACGCGGCUGUGGAAUCUGAGCCAGCGAAUGAACUGGUGGCAGCCAGUCGCUCGGAAUCCCCACAACAGCAAGCUAAGGAGGAAGCGCCCCCAGCUGAUUGCGCCGAAAAGGAGGCGACUCAGAAUAAUGGCAACAGCGAGGAGCCAGCUGAGAACGCUGGCAGUCAGAGUGAGGGAGAACGAGGACUGGGCUUGUGCUCGCUGCUGGCCUCAUCGCAGGAGAGCCUGCCCAGCGCCAGCUCAGCCUCUGUGAUUUCAGAGCUACCCGAUCCGCGCGAGGACGACGAAGAGCGCGAGGAGCGCACCAACUACAAGACGGCCAGCGAGCGAUCCGACAACAGUCUGCGGCAGCAUCAAGAACACGCACACAUGUCGCCCUACCAGCACCAGCAGCGGCGACACCAUGGCCAUGGAGAUAAACCCCGCGUUGGCGGAGGUGGACGCUUCAUGCAUGGCCAGCAGCAGCAGCAACAGAGCCAGAUGGGCAAGCCGCCGCGUGGAAUCGGAACGCGCCACCAUCUGCUACGCAAUCCGUCGCCAAUUUCGGCAAUUUUCGGCAUACAGCAGCAGCGCAUGGGCAUGGCCGGGAUGCAGCCGCCGCCACAGCGAUAUGGCAUGCCGGGCCAGUACCCGGCAACUCAGCCACCCAACCAGUCACCACAACAAGCACCGACCAACACACAACAGCCACACAGCGCUCCUGCCUCUCCCCUCCACACUCCCACGCAUUCGCACAUGAUGCACCACAGUCACAAUCCGAACGGAGGCGUGCUGCCCCACCUGCUGCCGCAUCCGCACGAGCAGGUGCGUGUGGGUCUGCUGCAACCACCGCCGCUGGCAUAUGCGCCCAAUCCGGGUGGCUAUCGCAAUGGAGCACUUCUGGGUCCGGGACCGGGACCUGGGCUACAUCAGCAACACCAGUCGCCGCACCAGCAGCAGUCGGGCAUGCGUCCGCCGCUGUAUCGGAACGCCCCGCCAUCGUACGGCUACGACCAGGGACAUCCACCCCAGCAUCCGCCGCAGUUCAUGCGGCCGCACAACGGCUGGCGACCGCAGGGCGACAAUGCGCGCAUGCAGCGACCCCCACUGCAAACGCUGCCACCGCACAUGAUGCCCGGCGCACCGCCGAACUAUGCCAAUGGCAUGGGGAUGCGAGGACCGCCGCCCCAGCAGCAGCAGUCGCAGCAGCCGCCACAGCAGCAGCCAGCACCGCAACAGGCGGGCAAUCCCCUACAGCAGGCCGUCAAUCCUGGCCAGCCGCCGCAACAGCCGAAUGGACCGCCGCAGCAGCAGGGCUCGUCAUCGGUGCCCCGGGUCAGCAAGGUGCUCAUCAAUCCGAAUUUCAAGGGCGGCGUUGAAGCGGCUACCAACAAGUUCAUCAAGGAGACGCACUUUAUGCCCGCCAUUAACAGCGAGGCCGAGUUGCUGCGCCAGCAGGAGGAGUUCAUCAACAAGAAUCGGCAGUACUUUGAGAAGCGACGCAUGGAACGCUCUCCGCCGUCGUCGGGCUCCUCCACCGGAGCCGCCACCUCCGGCCAGGCAGGCGAACGGAGGCGAACACGUAGCCGCAGUCGCUCUCGUGGUCGCAGUUACUCACCCGUUAAGCGCGUGGAGAGGGAACGCGAGCGGGAGCGGGAGCGCGAGAGGGAUCGUGAAAGGGAGCGGGAUCGGGAGCGAGAUCGUGAGCGAUAUGGCGCCAAUCGGGCGGCAGGAAACCGAGGUUUCCGACGGGCAUCCAGUCGGGAUAGAGACGAGAAUCGAGGUGCAGCAAGCACCGCCAGUGUCCAAGGAGCGGGCGGAGCAGCAUCCUGCGGAGCUGCGCCCCCCAAGCGGCGAAGGAGUGGCUCGGCCGGAGGAGGCACUGCCCGCAAUCCAUUCUCUGGCGAGCCGCGCGGCCGACCCUCCGAAACAGGCAACCGCAGUAUGCCCAGCGACGAGGACGAGGAGACCCGCAACUAUCGCCUGGAGAUCGAGAAGCAGAAGCAGCUGCGCGAGAAGAUCAUGCGAGACAAGGAGCUGAAGCGUCGGCGCGCAGCCGAGGAGAAGCUACACGAGGAGAAACGCGCCGAGCAGCACAACACUUCGCCAGCCCGCGACGACCAGGAGGUGGCUGCCGGACAAGGAUCUGCAGCGCCCACAGCAGCAGCGUCAAAGCAUCGGCCAGCCGCGUCAGUUGGCGAGCGCAAGGUGAUCUCGCUGAAGCGUCGCGACGACCUGGAUGCGGGCAGCGUACGCAGCAGGCAGGCACAGGGAUCGCAGUCCAAUGCUCAGGCAGGCCAAGGCCAGCAGCAGCAGCAGCAGCCGGCGCGCAAGCAACUAACGGCGGCGAAGAUAGCGCCAGAGGCAAAGCGCAGUAUAACCGAUCACCUGGCGCCAUCCUCCAAGCAGCAUCAUCAUCAUCAUCAGCAGCAUCAGACUGCAGCGGCGCCGUCGAGAACGGUGGUACUGGGAUCGGGAGCUGUGGCCGGCGGCACACCGCCGAAGCCGCGCGAUAUGCUGCGCCUGGGCACGCCCAGCGACGAUGAAGUGGAGCUGGACUAUGAUGACGAUGACCUGCUGCUGGACGAGGAGGAUCGUUUGUUGGCCACGCCAUCGCCGCCGCCGCAGAAGGCGAGCAGCAAGAGAUCGGCCACGCCGGAGCGGAACCACAAGGCGAUGCGCGGCGGCAGCUCGACAUCAGCGCCCAGCUUUAGCUCCAACCAGCGGCGAGUGGUGCUCAAGCCGACCAGCAAUGGCAGCAGCAGCGGCGGUGGAGAUCAGCAGCAGUUGUCGCACGGCGGCAGGCAGCGGGAUCGGAGGCGAGGUGGAGAGGAUAGCGCACUGCAGCGGAAAGGUGGAGCAGGCAGCGUUGGCGGAGGCGGCAGCAGCAGCUCGGGAUCUGGCGGAGGGAUCUUCGAUCGGCUGAAGAAGCGUGUGGCCGUCUCAGGAGGAGGGAGCAGCGGUGGAGGCGGCGGGAGCAGCCACAAACAGCGAUCCAAGGCGCCCGCCCGCAUCGUACUCAAGCACGAUUGAUAAGAAGAUUUAGUUUAAGAAUAUAUAGUUUUCUAUAUCUAUUAUCGAUUAUCUCUGUAGUAGAUAGGAGAUGUACGACGAUGGCAUGUAGUGCAGUAAGCGAAACUUUAGCCUUAAGUUAAAAAAUUAUAAAUAGUUGAGCUGUCUAUAUAAAUAGCGGAUAAUACAUAUAUGUAGCUGUCAUGCAAUUGGUGGGUAUGCGCGAGGGUCUCUACCCCGUGCUACAUGCGGUAUGCGAAUUCAUUUAGCUUUAAGUGUACAAAUCUUAUCAAUGACUAAAACGUGCUUCGUUUUCUUAAUCGCUAUUUGUAUUUAAACGUAGGAUUAAUUGGAAUGCUUAAAGCUUGACCUGGACAACAAAACAAUUACCGUAGAUAACGUUAGCAACACAAACUAGGACCCAAAUGUGCAUACUAUAUGCAUGCUCAUAGUUCUUAGCCUAUGUAAUCAAGUGAACAAUAUUUACACCUCUACAUACAUUUAUAUAAACAUAUACAUAUGUUGUAUAUAUUUAUUUAUAAAUACUUCAAUUUAGUUUUAAGCACUGAGCGCCUAUUUUUUAUGAUGACAAUUCUACAAGAUUUUAUUGAAAGAAAGAGAAGUUGAGAAGUGCAAAUGCUUCUUAGGAAUUUACUUUAAAUUUACCUUUAGUUAUUUGAAUUAUUUUAUACAUUGUGCCCCGUUGAUUGUAAAUGAAAUUUAUUGUCUGUUCGUUUGUGUUCUCUGUAACUACUAUAAACCACAUACGAAACUAUGUUUGUUUGUGAACUAGUUUAACUAAUAAACUUGAAAUAUUGCAGCAUAUAACGUAAUUGUACACACAAAGCAAUACCUUAAUGGCCUGGAAAAACGCAGACACAUAGAGUGCUACCGAUUAAUUGGUAGUGCAGAAUGAUCAAACCAUAAAAUACAAUAGCAUAGCACAUAGAAUACCACAUACCACUCACUUAACAAACUGGCCAGUUAAAGAGUAAUCAGCGGAAUAAAGUCUUCGUUGGUUAACCGCAGAAUUGAUGAUGAGCAAUGAUGGAUACCCUAGUAAUACUAAGUAAUUGUACAUAAAACAAUCGCACUAUUCGGCUAGCCACAUUUAUGUAAACACACCACACACACUUUCCUACGAAAGCUGAGAACAUAUUGUCCGAUCUUGAAGAACAGCCAUAAACUUCACUUAGAUUACUUGCGUCUAAGAUAAUGCGAAAUGCCUAGACUAAAGAGAUUGUUAAAUUAUUGCCACUCCCGCUCCCCAGAAUUAUAAAUAUAUAUAUGUAUACUUAAAUCCUAGAGAGAUCUGCAACGACCAUUGUAAUUGGACAGCAAGCAUUGUACUUUGCAACUAUUGCAACUCUAGAAACCCCAAUCGAUAAGCUAAUGAAUGAAUACGUUAAUAUGAGUCAUUUUUAUUGUAACUAAGCUAACUAGAUAAUGAAAAGGUAGAGGUAUAUCGCAAAUGCAGAUGACAUGAAAUGUACUAAAAUCAAUCUAUUAAAAACGCAUCCGAAUCCCAAUGCGGUACAAGCUUGACUUUUGCAUUGAUGUAAUUGGCACAUUUGUUCAUGUGACAACAACGCAAAGAGACACAAAUGUAACUAUCUAACUAUCUAUAUGUGUGGCGAAGGUAAUUGUUGAUGCGGAGAAGGGGUCGCAACGCUAGAAAAUGAUAAGAUUUAAUGGGAAGCGCAUAAAGAAGUCGUAUAUGCCUAGGCAUAUACAUACGUAUAACUCUAGUAAUCGUAAUGCUACACACAAUAUGAUAUAAUAUAUGGACUAAUAAAAACCAAUUAUACCACGUGCACACAUAAAAGCGUGCGGCAGCAUAA